AUGGAAGAAGACAGUCGACCCAGCGCCUAUCUCAAUGUCCCCAUCACCGACGCUGAGCGCCGUGCUCAAGUUGCUGAGGACAGCUCCGAGCGAUUGUUACCAGAAGUCCGACAGCCCUCGCCAGAACCCCAGCAGGUGUCGUCGUCGGCUCAACUAGAAGCACCAGUCCCUAUUCGGUUCCCCUCAGUACACGCUCCACCACCAGCCAUAAGACAGUAUGCGCCGAGAUUCUCGCAAAGACCAGAAGUUCGCCAAUAUGUGCCCAUCUCCCCGGUCCCAGAGGAAGACGAGCCCGAGUCCAUCAAAUUCCGCCCGCACUCGGCCGUCGCCACGGACGAUGGCUAUCUACUCCAUCCUCACGGCCCGGGGCCGGUCUUGUGGACUCCCCUCUGGCUGAAGCAAUGGUUUUUGGGACUCUUCGCCCUUGUCUUUGCCGGAUUUCUGAUCGCCUUGAUUCUCCUCUGGCACUUUGAUGAGCAGAAUGAUGGCUUCCACAUUGACCAGGGAACGAACCAUUAUGCAUGGGCGUACACGCCUACUGUCAUCGUCGUUGUCGUCGUGGCCGCCUGGAGAAUGGUGGACCACCAUUCCAAACUGGCGAUGCCCUACGAUGCCCUCCAGGACGGACCGAUCAAACCGUCCGAAAGUCUUCUUGUCGAUUAUAUUUCGAAUUUUCAACUUGUAUCAUUACUCGAAGCGUUUAAAAACAGUCAUUUUGCCGUUAUUGCGUCCAUCACUGGAUUCAUGUUACUAAAAGUUGUCACGGUCUUUGCGACGGGACUGUUGGUCGCUCUUCCAACACAGGUGGCUCAGAAGGGUGCGACCGUCCAUGCCAGAGGAUUUAGCACGGACUCUUUCGACCCGGACACCGCCCUCAAUCCUUCGACUUUCUCGGCCCAGCCGGUGUAUGCAUACUAUGGGAGUAUGGCUCAGGGUGUGCCUUUGGAAAAUGGUGUUAGGUUGGAUCUGGCAUACAGUGCCUUGACAGUCAGUUCUGAUACCCCAAUUGGCGACGAUGCGAUAAUAUCUGGCGAAGUCGAUGCCUUUGUGCCGACUAUGGCAUGCAAAAUACUAAAUGUGCAGUUGGAGACUCCGCGGAUUGUGAACGACACCAACUCAGCAAGCGCAUUUGCGACCUCGAGCAACAUCACCUUCACCAUCGAUGCGGGUGAUGUGUGCCGUCAACUUUCCUCAGUCAGUGUGCCAGCGGACAAUCCAUACACUGAGAUUGUCCCGGCGCGCCAGAUCAAUGGUACUAUGCAGCAGGUCUUCUGUGGGACCACGAAUGCCAGUGUUCCUGAUUCAAAUGGUCCGUCAGGGUUAUUAUUCACGAUUACCGACAUCAGUUACCAGCAGACACUAUUUGACAACGCCACCGACCUCGCAGGUGGUUCAUUCACCAUCGCAAGUGGUGUUUCCAGGAUCCUUAACAAUGUAACGAACGUGUUCUGCAACCCUUCGUAUUCGAUGACUAGGGCCCAGGUCACUAACAACACCCGGCUACUCAGCAGUGAUGACGCCGUAACAGUCACGCUGAAAGAUGGAGCAAGCAAUAGCACACUUCCAGGAUUUUCGGAUUGGAAUGCCACCAAUGUCCUGACGCAAGCUUCGAUCGCUGCGCAAGUCCUCUUUGGCGAUACGACUAACGACGACGCUAUUUCCGAAUCAAGCGCUAUAUUUACGCUCAUGGCAUUGACCCAGGGUUCUCAGAACAUCGACACUUUGAUCAACCCGGAAACAAUGAUAUCCGCUGCCCAAGACAUGUCCAAUGGAAUUUUAUCUCAGUAUGUCCAUCAAGUUUUGAGAGCUCCGGACGAUGGCACUGUGGAAGGAGGAAAAGCGACUCGUCAAGAACGGAGGCUUCGGGUCAACGAUGUUUCUGUGUGGACGAUGGCUUCGGCUUCUGGAUUCCUGUGCUUUUUCUGCAUUGCCUUGAUUUUCAUCGCGCCUAGAGCAGUUGUUCCACGCGAUCCGAGCUCUAUUGCGGCAGUUGCGACAACUCUGACUAGAAGUACGGAGCUGAAUCGACUGCUGCGGAAGCAGGGAGCACCGAGCCUUGCGAAUCAAAAAGCUGCCCUCGCAGGUUUCGAAUUUGGGACUGCAAUCGCGACGACAGAUUCCGGGACGAGGAGUUUCAAAAUUGUCACGUCAGAGGGCGAGCCAGACGAACCGACCAACAACCCGACCAUGGAAAUUAAUUGGUGGUUACCGAUCACAGCCACAUUUCCGGUCUUGACACUUACCCUGAUUCUGCCGCUGGGCCUCAUUGUGGCGUUGGAGCUCGUUCAGCGACAUUCUGACGAUCAUAAUGGGGUUUACACCGUGGCCGACGACAAAUGGACCGAAAUCUACAGCCAUUACAUCCCCGGUCUCGUUAUGCUGAUUUUGGCAGCGCUGGUCAACAUGCUUGAUUUUAAUGUGGCUUUGUUCACUCCGUGGAACAACCUGGCAGAAGGCAAUGCCAUCCACAGAAGAUCAGUCCUCAACAAUAUUCUCGGGAGGUCACCUCCGUUGGCAUUCUUACAGGCUCUCAGGACGCGGAGCCUCGGUGCCAUGUUGAGUAUCACCGCAGCUACGGUGGCCAGUGUCCUGGCCGUCAUUGCUUCUGGCUUGUACUACGUCCAGCAUUACACUGUUGAUGGGGCGAGUAUUUCGCUUACUCAAGUGGACUCUUUCGACCUUCAAUGGCCAAACAGCUUCUCUAACGACAAUGGAGCGGCGGCCAUCACGAAUUUGAUCUUGCACCAGAAUUUCAGCUACCCUCAAUUCACCUACGAGGGCCUCGUGUUUCCAAAGCUAUCGCUGAACAACUCCGCUCUGACAAAGGAUACACUCACGACCGUGUCUGGAUCAUCAUCCCACGUGCUUCCGGCUAUUCGCGCCAAUCUCAAAUGCGAUGUACUUGCCAGCGACUCGUUCUCCUUAAGCACGCAAAAGGCCGGCGACGACAGCGCAUACGCAACGGAUCAAGCAUUCAUCACGGCUAGAGCAGCACUUCCAGACUCAUGUCAGCUCGGCGGUACCACUGGAACGGAUAACUUUGUCCUCUACGAAAACAACUUCGCACUGCCUCCAGGUGGAAAGGGAACAUUUGCCGGUGCUCAAUUAGAUCUCUUGUUCGGUGAGAAUGCGACAACGUACGGUAACUAUGGCGAGAAUCGUGGUCAGUACAUAAGCGACAAUCCACCAGUUGGUUGCCCAAGUUUGGCAUUCACUUUCGGCCACUUUCAACUCGACAGCACAGACAGGAGCCAAGUGACGACAAUGGUGUGCUAUCAGGAGAUCCAAGGACUUAACGCAAAUGUCACGCUGCUUCCCAAUAGCACGACCAUCGAUUCGAGCCAUCCACCAGCAGUGGUUGAGAGCAGCGUCUUCCUGCACGACAAUCCGCUCAGCAACCACAGUGGGGUGAAGACGUUCGAUUUCCGCAUCCAGAACAACCUCGCUCAAGAAAUGACCGUGUUCAACGGCGAGGGCGGCACACCGGCGACCAACCCGUCGAGUACAAGCACGUUUGACAUCUUCUUCCAAGCCGUCAUCAACGGCUCUCAACCCCAUGACCCAGCAUCUCUAGCCGGGCCAAACAACCAAGAUGUCCUCGUCGACGCAAUCACCAGAUUUUAUCGGAUCUACAUGGCGCAGGCCAUUUCCGCAAACAUGCGCAGCGUCUCGAACAGCGUGAAUACUUCAACCCGCCUUGUUCGACGCCAAACCUCGUCUUCCACAAUAACCUCCCCGACCACAAUUGACACUCCACGCCUCGUCCAAGACAAAGACAGCAAACUGAUCCUCCAGAUCCUCCUCGGCCUCAUGACCGCCCUGGCCGCAUCCGCAUGGCUAACCACGAAAUUCCGCCACGUCCUCCCAUGCAAUCCGUGCUCCGUCGCAGGGACCAUGUCCCUCCUCGCGGGCAGCGACUUGUGCCACAGCGCCGACGACGGACUGUGCGAAUGCUGCGGCAAACCCCGUCGACGGUCAUUCGGGUACGAUGAUGUCGUUGGUGGCAACCGACCCGAAUCCAUCCACGCCGGACCCGACGAAAAUGGUGACGAGGCCGACUUGGAUGAACGUCAACAGAUCAUCACCGACGGCGCGGAAUGGAUGCGUGACUCCCAGUUCGAGACCGUCUUUGGCGGCAAGCGCUACAGUAUGGGCUGGUGGCGCGAGCGGCGACUCAUCGGCAAGAGACGCCGGUUUGGCGUCGACGUUGGCGCCCGUGCCGACGGCGCGGAUGACCAGGACUGGGAGCUCGGGGAGCGGAGGCCCGAAGGGACGGGAUUUAAUGAUUUCAUGAUGAGGGGCGGCGAUCGGGACGGCCGAGGCGAGUACUCGAGAUUCGGCGGCAGCAGCGGCGGUGGCGGCCGUUCAAGAGGCGCGAGUGUAAGUGGACCAAGUCCGAGCCCUGAGCCUGCGGCCAUGCGAGGUAGAGGAGCACCACUGCCACUGCCACCGACGGCGAUGGCGAUGGAGAUGCCCAGAGAACCCUCGCCGGGGGUCUACGCGCCGGAAACAGCCCGGUCGUCGACGUUGCUGGGAAUCGGCAGACGAAGUCCCGUCGGUGGCGAAGCAUGA